AUGGAGUCCCUAAUACCAGUUAUGAAUAAAUUACAAGACGUUUUUGCCACUCUCGGUCAUCGGGAGGAUCAAAUCCAACUUCCACAGAUCGUCGUCAUUGGUUCACAAAGUGCAGGAAAGAGCUCGGUGUUGGAGAGCCUUGUUGGUCGGGAUUUCUUACCUCGUGGGACGGGGAUUGUAACUCGGAGACCGCUCAUACUUCACCUCAUACAUACCCCAACGGGUGACGAACACAUAGGAAAUGAAUCCGGCGGUCACACUGUCAGUGACGAUUGGGCAAUGUUUGAUCACACUGGCAGCAGAAUUUUUACAGAUUUUGACGAAAUUCGAAGAGAAAUAGAGACCGAGACGAACAGGCUUACGGGUUAUAAUAAAGGCAUUUCUCCUGUACCAAUUAUACUUAAAAUAUACUCGAAGAAUGUUGUCAACUUGUCUCUGGUUGAUUUGCCCGGAAUCACUAAAGUUCCUGUUGGUGAUCAGCCUCCAAAUAUCGAGGAACAAAUUCGUGAGAUGUUAUUUACCUAUAUCUCCAAUCCUUCAUCGAUCAUACUGGCUGUUACUCCAGCAAAUCAGGAUUUUGCAACUUCUGAGCCUAUUAAAAUGGCACGUGAAGUCGAUCCUGAAGGACAACGAACGUUAGCAGUUUUAACGAAGCUGGAUUUAAUGGAUCAAGGAACGGAUGCGAUGGAUGUGCUGAUGGGCAGAGUUGUUCCCGUGAAACUAGGCAUCAUUGGUGUUGUAAAUCGUUCUCAACAAGCUAUUAUCGAUAAGAAACCAAUUGCUGACGCGAUAAGGGAUGAGUUGUCCUUUCUUUAUCGGAAAUAUCCUACACUUGCCAGUCGGAAUGGAACUCCUUAUCUUGCAAAGAAAUUGAAUCUACUAUUGAUGCAUCAUAUUCGUAACUGCCUACCGGCACUGAAAGCUCGUGUGUCAAUUAUGCAUGCUCAGUGUCAAGCUGAUCUUCAGGCGUUUGGAGAGCCAGUAGACGACAAGAGUAGAACACUUUUGCAAAUCAUUACGCGAUUCGCUGCAGCUUAUACUUCUACUAUUGAAGGGACUUCUCGAAAUAUUGAAACGGCCGAACUUUGCGGUGGUGCCCGUAUUUGCUUUAUUUUCCACGAAACGUUCGGAAAAUCAUUGGAAUGUAUUAAUCCACUUGAGAAUCUCAAUGAAAUGGAUAUUUUGACAGCAAUUAGGAACGCUACCGGCACUCGUCCCGCGCUUUUUGUGCCGGAAGUGGCUUUUGAGUUGCUUGUUAAGCGACAGAUACAACGACUGGAAGAACCCAGUUUGAGGUGUGUAGAACUUGUUCAUGAAGAAAUGCAACGGAUGGUUAAACACUGCGGUAUCACAACACAGCAGGAAAUGCAACGAUUCCCUCGGUUGUAUGAUAAGAUAAACGAAGUUGUGAGUGGAGUGCUGAAGAGUCGGUUACGUCCAACUAACGAAAUGGUGUCAAACCAAGUGGCGAUUGAGCUAGCGUACAUAAAUACCAAACAUCCCGAAUUUGUGGGAGAAGCGAAUAGGACGCUGGUGAAUGCCGAAGAGACUAUCUCGGACAGGAGUCGAUCUCGACAACGAACAUCUUCAAACAGUGAGCGUGCGUCAAGUGCUCAUGCUGAACAGGUAAAAGUUUCAAAAGCAACUCAUCUUCUCCCAGAGGUGCCUGAGAAACCUAUUGCUAGACAACUGACUCAGAAUGAACGAAAGGACUAUUUAAUUAUUGAACGCUUAAUUCGCAGAUACUUCAUGAUCGUCCGUAAAAAUGUUCAGGAUAGUGUACCUAAGGCUAUCAUGCACUUUUUGGUGAACUACGUCAAGGAUAAUUUACAAUCUGAACUGGUCCGUCAAUUGUACAAACCAGAUUUGUUGGAAGAGUUACUUGCCGAAACUGUUGAUAUGGCCCAACGAAGGAAAGAGACGCUGGAGACUUUGAAGGCGCUGAAUCAGGCCAGCCUAAUCAUUAGUGAAGUACGGGAGACCCAGCUGUGGUAG